ACGCUGGUGAGUCAGAGCUGGAGAGAGGGGUGUGUUGUGUUGAAGUAACGUUAGUGGAUUUGUUUUAUCCAGAAGUAAAAAAGAAGAACAAUGGUACGUGGCUGCGCAUUUCCUAACUGUGCCAACAAAAUGUCACGCAACACUAAGCACAGCUUUCACAGACUACCUCUGUCCGACAUGGAAACGCUGAAGUUGUGGUUAGGUGUGCUACAAAUGGAUGCUAACACUCCUGUCCAGACGCUGCGGCUUGAAGACCAUCGGGUCUGCAGUGACCACUUUGACCGGGAUGACUACUGCCAGCCGAAGAAGAGAAGAAGUGCUAUACCUAAGCACUUUUUCCUAAAGAAAAAUGCUGUUCCAAGACCGAAGGGACCUGCUGCAGACGGACCGCAGGACCGGACUGGCACCGCCUCAACCACAGCUUUCACUGUCCCGCAUACAGCCACUGAAGACAUACCCCAAAUUCAACAUGAAGAUGCAGCGGAACAUGCAGACAGCAGUGACGUCAGCAUGAGCUUCGGGGAGAUGUCUCAGGACCCGUUAGACGUCAGUUUUUCAUCACCAGGCACCAUCACGUCUUCCAGCCCGGAGUCUGGUUCUGUCUUAGGAAGCUCCAACGGAGAAACUCCAGGAGGAUGGGCUGAAAGGAAGUGGCUGGUGAAAGAUUCAAAGCUCAUGGAACUUUUUAAAAGAUGCCCCACGUGUGGCUGUUACGUUGAUGCGAAAACAGUUGCUAUACAUUCCAGCCAAGUGUAAGUUCAGUAGGCCUCCCUGAAUGGACACAGAACAGUUGGUGUCAUGUCCUGAUUGAAGGGGGGGGGGUUGAAAACAUUCUUCUCAUAUGCGCAGCAACACUUUUUACUGGAGCAACACAUAUGGACAUAAUGGAUUGGGCUGAACUCCUUAAGGGACAAAUUCCAAAAACAACCCACUGUUUAUGCCAAACAGUCAACCUGGCUCGUACCUGUCCUUCAGCAUGCAUACAGAGAUCAGCAUGACAAAAUCAUACAGCACCUCCUUCAGGAAACCUGGAACGGCAGCAGAACACUGUGGUGAUGCCAGAUGUGAUAGCCCUGGUAGCAAACACUCCACGGACCCCUGCAGUGUCUCUCAAGUUCUCUUGUGUUUACCCCCUCCUUGUGUUUCAGGAUUUCCCCAUCACUCUCUGUCCUUUGUUUAUGUUGUCGCUGCGUUGUCAUGGUUUCCCUUCCAGCUCUGUGGACUCACACACCUGCCUGCUAUCAGCUCAUCCUCCUGCAGCACGUCUUCUGGUAUACUAUCUUAUGGAUCUCUGCCCACCUGCGAGUCUACCUGCUCACCUGUCUGCUUUCCAGCCUCCGCUCCUCAAUCUCUCUCCUCCACUGCUGCCAUCCCCCUUCCCCCCUGCAGUCCUCAAAUCACUCUCAUAGCCACUUGCCCACACCUUAACCCUCCUGUUUGCAUUAAGAUUGUCUUACCAGCUAUAUGCUGGUCCAUUUCCUGCGAUUGGGUUCUCCACUUCCAGUCCCUAACACCACCUACUCUUUCCAUGACGAUGCUAGAAAGGAAAUCCUCAUUUGGAAUUGGUCGCGAAGCGCCCAGCAGUAGUGAUGGAGGUCACGGAGGUUCCAGAGAGGCUGAACCACCUGCUGUACAUUGGAGUGGAUGUAGCCGUGUUUGCCUCGGUGGAAGUCUCCUCUGCAUCAUAUCUGCGGCGUACAUCGAUGGGAGGAGAAUGGGAUUGAGUACACCUGUCAUCACCCAGUCUUGACAGAGGAGCAGCAGAGAAGAAAGACGUGGCUCAAAGCAGAUUCACCUGCUUUCCAGGCUCUCAAAGCAGAUGCGAUGGACAAGAUUCUCUUUCGAGCCUUGAACAGAUGACACUCUUCACACACACUGGUACACCUUGUGUACACAGUCAGAUUUGUUUCAUUCAAGUUUUCCUGCGUUGUUCAGCAGUUACUGCGCGAAACUCAGACGUACUGUCGGCACUACAGUAAUAGUGCUAACACUGCUGCUACUGUUAAACCUAGCUCACACAUUAUCUAUCUAUAGGUGUUGAAAUAUUUCCAUCAACUAUGAGGUAAUUCGUCAUCUGCAGACGUAGCACAAACUGAGGUUUUCAAACUUGCAUCAACACAGGAUUCCUGGAGGUGUACCAUUCUUCCAGGAUGAAGUAUGUUCAGAAGAGUCUGCACCUCAGAUAUGACUCAACCAGGGCCCGUACCCAGAUGGCGAUCAUGGAUCAUAACGUUGUCAGACGGUUGGCCCUCUCUCUCUGUCCUCGUUCCGUCUUCAAUUUUGAAAUCAGACAAAUUCAGCCAUGAUUUAGAAAAUAGACUUGCUAGCAGUUCAGUCUGAGCCUCUCGGUUGUUAAAAGAAGCAAUUUUUGUGAAUGUAAUUUUGAAGAGCACAAUUUCCCAAGAGGAAUAUGUUGCAGCUGGUUCACGGCCGCCGGGUGAAGCUAACAACUGCAUGGAUUUGAACCCGGUUGGGGUGCUGAAUCACCCCAACCGGUCGAGGCAGAUGGCCGCCCACCCUGAGCCAUGGUUCUGCUCGAGGUUUCUGCCUCUUAAAAGGAAGUUUUUCCUUGCCUCUGUCGCCUAGUGCUUGCUCUUG